CGCGACAUUGCAGCUUGGCCUAGCAGACAACCACAACCAUGCCGUCCUCACUCUAUAUCCCCAUCCUCUUGGGGGGCAUGAUACUAACGGGCUCGAGCAAUUCGCUAUGGAGCAAAUGGCAGGAUAUGCAAUGCGUAGAGAAUUGUAACGACCCCAACCCAUCAAAUCAUGUCCUCUAUGAACAGCCUGUCUGGCAGACCCUCCAGAUGUUCCUCGGCGAAAUGCUUUGCUUCCUGCCCGUUUUAUACACGUGGCUUCGCUCGAGAUAUCGGCCCACGCCCGUGUUUCUACCCGAAGAGGUCGAUGAGGAUACCCAGCGGUCGGACAAGCUUUCAGCUCAGGAAUUGACAGGUUGGAAGGUGCUACUCCUGUGGAUUCCUGCCGUCUGCGACCUUACCGGGACUACGUUGAUGAAUGUUGGCCUUCUGUACACACCAGUAUCAAUAUACCAGAUGACUCGGGGCGCGUUGGUCCUCUUCGUUGGUGUUUUAAGUGUCAUCUUCCUUCACCGGCGGUUAUGGCUGUACCAAUGGGUGUCUUUGAUCACGGUCAUGGCGGGUGUAUGUCUUGUAGGCUGGAGUGGUUCGUUAAUCAAGGACUCAGUUCGAGAUGCUGUCUCGUCUCUCCUUGCUCCUGCUGGAAGUCUUCCUCCCCCUGAGCCUGUAGACCAGCCAGAAGUCACCAAGGUCCUUCUUGGUGUCUUCUUUAUUCUCUUCGCUCAAAUCUUUACUGCUACUCAGUUCGUAGUAGAGGAGAAGAUCAUGUCGCGGUACUCCGUGGCUCCUCUGGUUGCAGUCGGGUGGGAAGGCUUAUUUGGUGCACUGACGAUCCUCCUUGCGAUGCCUAUCCUUGCCCUGCCCUCAGUCUCCUCGCAGUCAUCCUUCUUUGACCUGCCGCGAGGAUGGUACCAAAUGAUCAACACUCCUUCAGUGCUGUGGUCUGGAGUUGCUAUCGCUAUCAGCAUUGCCCUUUUCAACUACUUCGGCUUGAGCGUCACAAGGCACGUGAGUGCCACAGCUCGUAGCUUGACGGACACGUGCAGGACCUUGGCUAUCUGGGUUAUCAGUCUUGGAUUGGGUUGGGAGAAACUUCUUUUCCCAAUCUCGCUCUUGCAGGUGUUCGGUUUCGGUCUACUGGUUUACGGAACAUUCAUGUUCAACAAUCUUGUGAAUCCCCCGUCGUUCAUUCGAUCUGCGUCCACCACGGGACACGAAGUCAGCGCAGAUGUCGAAGAAGGAGAAGGGCUGUUGUCCUCUUCGCAGUUGGAUGAUACUGCUGUCCUUCCUGCAGAUGCUGGACAAAGCGGGUAUGACGUACUCCCGGAGAAUGCGCAUCUUGCAAACUCGCAUGCAACUAAUGAGUAGAAAAAGAAACUACAUCACUCCACAACCGUCCUUCCAACUAAGAGCCCGAUUUUGAUAUCUGUACAUACGUCGAAUUCGAAGCC